GAGGCAUGACUGCGUGGGUUCGCCCCUGCGGGUGUUCGUCUACAACUCCACGCUCGACCUCGCCACGCGUCGUCUGAGAACCGGCGUGGGCAUGAUGGCAGCGGCCUCGCAUGUGCACGCAUUCCUCGAGAGCGGCUCGUGCGUCACGGAGGACCCAGAGCUGGCAGACCUCUUCUUCAUUCCAGCCUACCACGGCGAGCAGUACGAUACGUUCCUGGAGUUCCGCUCCCACGGCCCAGACGCGGCGGACGUGUUCCCGUAUCUGGCCCGAAAUCGUGGCGCCGACCAUUUUUUCGUCGUGUCCGCGAAUUUGCCAAGCUGGACCAAUGUCGAGCCCCUGCGGAAUGCGCUGCUCCUGACCGUGGAGUCGCACCAGGUCAACGACGGAAUACCAAGAUGGUAUUCACCGUGGAAGGAUGUCAUGAUUCCUGGGUACAUCGACCGUUGGCGAAUCUCUGCCAUGCGAAGCUUCAACAAACCAUCCCACGAGCGUGGAUUCUUGGCCGUAUUUCACGGGAAUCACCCCGGCACGCACCACCUGUACGUGAAGCACGACGCCCGCGUGAGGACUCACAUCCUGGACGAGUUCUCCGGGAUCCCCGACUGCAGCGUGGGCGGGCACGUCGAGGAUUUCUUUGACCGCAUGGGCCGGAGCCACUUCUGCUUGGUCCCUCGCGGGUCGUCCGCUUGGACGAUCCACUUGUACGAGAGCUUUUUCUUUGGCUGUAUUCCUGUGAUCCUGUCCGACCUCCUCGAGAUGCCUUUCCAGGAGGUGGUCGACUGGCCCUCUCUGAGCAUCAAGUGGCCCAUGGAUAACAUAGGGCCUGACCUCCUCGACCACCUGCGGGCCAUCCCGCUCGAUCGCAGGGCUGAGAUGAAGUCGAGGCUGGAGGAGGCGGCCUGCUUCUUCGACUUCCACGCCGGCUGGGGCACGCCGGCCCCGGCGAACGGCA